AUGUUGGUGGAGUCCGAUGACGAGAGUGAUCAUGACAAUACAAAAUUACAAGGUGAUGACGGAACAAAAGGGGAUGGUGUGAUUGUGACUAUGCCUGUGCCUGAGGUGGGCAUGAAGUUUAAGGACAAAAAUGAAAAUUUCAAUUUUUAUAAAAGAUAUACAUAUAACAUGGGUUUUCUAGUGAGAAAACGAAAUUUGAAAAGGGACGAUGAUGGAGUUCUGCGAUAUGUUAUAUACGUUUGUAGCCACGAAGGGAAAAAAAUCAGUAAUACAAGUUUUUCUUUAAAGCUACAUGCUACCAUUCAAAGUGGAUGUAAAGCCAGGCUUACAACAUGCUCAAAUAUUUGUGGAAUAUGGGGAAUUAACACAGUGCACCUGGACCACAACCAUAAAACAAGUCCUUCAAAAUCUAGAUUGUAUAGAUGCAAUAGAGAAUUAAGUGCGCAAGUGAAACGUCGUCUUGAAGUAAAUGACAUUGCAGGAAUACUGCUACACAAAAGUUUCAAUUCUAUAGUUAUCGAAGCAGGUGGAUAUGAAAACAUGAUCUGCAUUGAGAAGGACCGUCGAAAUUAUGUUGAACAAGUUAGGCUGCUAAGACUUGGUGAAGAUAAUAGGAGUCAGCAGGCAUGUAUGGAAUUUGACGAUGUUGUCACAUUUGAUAGCACAUACCUGACGAACAAGUAUGAUAUGCCAUUUGCCCCUUUUGUUGGAGUGAACCAUUACAGACAGUCCACUCUCCUCGGAUGUGGUCUCAUAUUGAAUGAGGAUACUGACACAUUUGUGUGA